GCGAGCACUGGAUGCCUGUGACAUCAUGACCGCAGAGGAUUCCACCGCAGCCAUGAAUAGCGACUGCACCGCAGUGUCUUCGGCGAAGCUGCCUGAGGGCGUAGCCGGUGCACCCAACGAGGCAGCGCUGCUGGCGCUCAUGGAGCGCACAGGCUACAGCAUGGUGCAGGAGAACGGGCAGCGCAAGUACGGCGGCCCACCGCCCGGCUGGGAGGGGCCGCACCCGCAGCGCGGCUGCGAGGUCUUCGUGGGCAAAAUCCCGCGCGACGUGUACGAGGACGAGCUGGUGCCCGUGUUCGAGGCCGUGGGCCGCAUCUACGAGCUGCGCCUCAUGAUGGAUUUCGAUGGCAAGAACCGCGGCUACGCCUUCGUCAUGUACUGCCACAAGAACGAGGCCAAGCGUGCGGUGCGUGAGCUCAACAACUACGAGAUCCGCCCGGGACGCCUGCUCGGAGUGUGCUGCAGCGUCGACAACUGCCGCCUCUUCAUCGGCGGCAUCCCCAAGAUGAAGAAGCGCGAGGAGAUCCUGGAGGAGAUUGCCAAAGUCACCGAGGGCGUGCUUGAUGUGAUUGUUUAUGCCAGUGCGGCAGACAAGAUGAAGAACCGCGGCUUCGCCUUUGUGGAGUACGAGAGCCAUCGCGCCGCUGCCAUGGCGCGCCGUAAGCUCAUGCCGGGCCGCAUCCAGCUGUGGGGCCACCAGAUCGCGGUGGACUGGGCCGAGCCUGAGAUCGACGUAGAUGAGGAUGUGAUGGAGACGGUGAAGAUCCUCUAUGUACGCAACCUGAUGAUCGAGACAACAGAAGACACGAUCAAGAAGAGCUUCGGCCAGUUCAAGCCCGGCUGCGUGGAGCGUGUCAAGAAGAUCCGCGACUAUGCCUUCGUGCACUUUACCAGCCGUGAGGACGCAGUGCACGCCAUGAACAACCUCAAUGGCACCGAGUUGGAGGGCUCAUGCCUUGAGGUGACGCUGGCCAAGCCCGUGGACAAGGAGCAGUAUUCCCGUUAUCAGAAGGCAGCCAAGGGCGGUGGCACAGCUGAGGUGGUGGCACAGCAGCCCGGCUACGUGUACUCCUGUGACCCCUACACACUGGCCUACUAUGGCUACCCCUACAACGCGCUCAUUGGGCCCAACAGGGAGUACUUCGUGAAAGCAGGCAGCAUAAGAGGCCGAGGGCGAGGUGCAGCUGGCAACAGAGCCCCAGGGCCCAGGGGUUCUUACCUCGGGGGAUAUUCUGCUGGCCGCGGUAUCUAUAGCCGAUACCAUGAAGGGAAAGGAAAGCAGCAAGAAAAAGGAUUUGAGUUUGUCCCAAAUUUGGAACUCUCUGCCGUCAAUCCAGUUGCCAUUAAGCCUGGUGCAGUGGCCAUCCCUGCCAUUGGGGCCCAAUAUUCCAUGUUUCAGGCCGCUUCAGCUCCUAAAAUGAUUGAAGACGGCAAAAUCCACACGAUGGAGCACAUGAUCAGCCCCAUCACCGUGCAGCCAGACCCAGCCAGUGCCGCCGCCGCCGCCGCUGCCAUCAUUCCCACCGUGUCCACGCCUCCACCGUUCCAGGGCCGCCCAAUAACACCAGUAUACACGGUGGCUCCAAACAUUCAGAGAAUUCCCACUGCCGGGAUCUAUGGUGCCAGUUAUGUUCCAUUUGCUGCUGCUCCUGCCACAGCCACGAUCGCCACACUACAGAAGAAUGCAGCAGCCACUGCUGCCGUCUAUGGAGGUUAUGCAGGCUAUAUACCUCAGGCAUUCCCCGCUGCUACUGCUAUUCAGGUUCCUAUUCACGAUGUCUACCAGACGUACUAAGACUGGUGAUGAGCGUGAAGACAAGCCGCAAAGACAACCACUGAAGGAACGCUUUACUAUUUAUGAAGAAAGACCGUGUUGGAUUAGCACACAUAUGAAACCUACUGAAAGUGAAGAAUGUUAUCAAACGUCAUACAGAAAUAUUUUAUAUACAUGAAGUUUUCACUAGUUUUUUAAGACUAUUUUCAAGUUAGCAAGCCUGUGUUCAUCCAUGUCUAAGAGACUUGCCUUAAUACCAUCUCUUAAAAAUGUGUUAUACUCUGAUACAUUUGUAUAGAGGUUUGUUGUUUUUUUAAGGAUAUAUUUUCAGUAUGAAGGUUAUUUUCUUAACUUCUGCACUCCAGAGAUUUCUAUUUUGUAGUACCUUCAAUAAUAUAUCAACUUUAUAUUAAAAAAGCACACUUGAGCAGCUAGGGAACUAUUUUGAAAAAAAGAAUAUAUUCAAUAUUUAAAGAUACAAACAAUAGUGCUUUAAAACUACUACAUAAAAAGUUAUUUUAAAAGUUAUACUGGAAAGUGCAAUUUUAAAAUGAGUAAAACCUCUGAAUUUCUGCUGGCAUUAAGGGUUGAUGGUGUUACCACCAUGUGUUAUCCAUGAUGGUUCUGUUUUUUCAAAGACAUUAAACACUCAACCUCUCCUUAAGCCAAGAUGUAAAAGACUUGUCAGACUUCUGAGUUCAAACACUGGAAAGCUCUCACCUGCCCCCAUUACCCUGGGUCCCCACCCAUUCCUCCGCUCCACCCUCAAUCCAAGUCUGAUGUUUGGCAAGUCUAGGACAAAUGAAUUACUCUGAUAGAGAAGUUUUUGUUUUUGUUUUAUUUUAAUGCUUUUAUACUUCUUCCUGGGUUUUUGUUGGG